UACGGGCGCAAGACGUUUCUGAAGCGCGGCUGGCUGAACGACGGAUGAACGAACGACGGCUCACUUGACCGCAGUCAGGCUAGCCCUAGCGGUCGCUGAAAACGCGACCAUAACCUAGUCUGUUUGAUAAUAGCGCUGAGCUGCUGGAUGAGACUCCACACGGAAAACUCACGAGACUGCCUUCAUGGGACGCUCGUGCGGUGGAUUAUGUGACACGAUGGCCAGCUAGCGAGCAAUCAAGGCUAGCUGCAGCUAGCUGGUAGCUAACAACCCCGCUGGCCCCAAGAGCCGGGGCAGCAGCUCCGGGGACGAGCAAUUCAACUCGGCUUUUUCGCCCUUUUAAAAUCAGUUUUGAAGCCAUGUCAUCACUGGUUUAUCCGAGCUUGAUUUGGAACUAAAGGGCCAUGCUGAGUGAGAAGCCGUGUUUCCUCCUCGCAUAACCGGCCAGCCGUAGCUCGGUGCCGCUCAGAAGAAGUGGACUCUAUCGGGGAUGGCAUUUCACGGCGCAGGCCGGCAGACUGUUUGUGGAGACUUGUUUCCGGGCUCCGAGCUGGGCCACAAGUAUUUUUGUGUCAACUCUUCUUGCGGAGCCCCUUCUACGGGCCUCAGCGCCACAUCGUGCCUAACCGGACCCACUGCCCCAGCCGGGACCCCUCGUCACCCCACAGCCCUCGGAGGAAGCACCGGCGGCGGCGCAGCGGUGCCUCAGCCCUACAGCAACCCGGCCAGCGAGGUCCCCAGCCCCGCAGAGAUGGAGCCGGACCGACCCAUAGGUUAUGGCGCAUUCGGUGUCGUCUGGUCAGUAACCGAUCCCCGUGACGGUCGGAAGGUGGCUUUGAAGAAGAUGCCUAAUGUCUUCCAGAACCUGGUGUCCUGUAAAAGGGUCUUCAGAGAGCUGAGGAUGCUGUGCUUCUUCAAACAUGACAAUGUGUUGUCGGCUCUGGACAUCUUGCAACCUCCACAAAUUGACUGCUUUGAGGAAAUCUACGUGAUCACAGAACUGAUGCAGAGCGACCUCCACAAAGUGAUCGUGUCUCCACAGCCUCUCACCACUGACCACAUCAAGGUCUUCCUCUAUCAGAUCCUUCGAGGGUUGAAGUACCUGCACUCUGCUGGCAUUCUGCACAGGGACAUCAAACCUGGAAACCUGCUGGUCAACAGUAACUGCCUGCUUAAAAUUUGUGAUUUUGGCCUGGCACGCGUGGAGGAGCCCGACCCAUCACGUCACAUGACCCAGGAGGUGGUAACUCAGUACUACAGAGCACCUGAGGUGCUGAUGGGCUGCCGGCACUACGGCUCAGCCAUUGACGUUUGGUCAGUUGGCUGCAUUUUUGCAGAACUGCUGGGACGACGCAUCCUCUUUCAAGCUCAGAGCCCGAUUCAGCAGCUGGAUCUGAUCACAGAUCUGCUAGGAACUCCUCCUCUGUCAGCCCUGGCGUCGGCCUGUGAAGGUGCUAGAGCCCACAUCCUGAGGGGGCCGCACAAGCCGCCGUCGCUGUCUGUGCUCUACAUGCUAUCUGACGGAGCCACACACGAGGCUGUGCACCUGCUCUGUCGGAUGCUGGUCUUUGAUCCGGCUAAAAGGAUUUCUGGCAGUGACGCUCUUUCUCACCCAUACCUGGACGAAGGUCGCCUGCGGUACCACACCUGCAUGUGUCAGUGCUGCUACUCCGUUCCCAGCGGUCGCGUUUACACCAGGGACUUUGAGCCAGUAGCCGAACGUCCAUUCAGCCACAGCUACGAGAACAGCCUGCUGUCUGUGUGGCAGGGAAAAGAAUUAAUCCACCGCUUCAUAACGGAGCACCAGCAGGGAAAGCGGGUGCCGCUGUGCAUCAACCCUCAGAGUGCUGCGUUCAAGACCUUCAUCAGGUCCACUGCGUGGCACUCCUCCAAGGUGUCCAGGAAGGAGGAGAGAUGAACAGUCCUCCUCUUCAAGAUGCGGAGCGACAGCGUGAGGCGGGAUUUCAUCAGCCAUGGCAUCUGAAAAUACCGAAGAGUUUGGGUCUUUUUCUUUUUUUUUCUCCUCCCCGUGUCUGUCAAACCUGUGGACAGGAAACACAGCCACCAACACUGGUGGGACAUCAACUAGCUACCCACCAGAGAACCCUCAAAUAUUAUAGUUUCUUAAAUGUUGAAACUAUCAUUUAAUGUUUUGAAAUGACCCAAACAGCUGAUGCUUACGGUUUUCGGUGCUGAACAAAAAAAAAACAACAACAAAAAAACAAAAAUGCUGCUGAAAAGCUUGAUGAGAAAUAAGAAAGAUGAAAAAAAGCUGAACUUGGUACUUGAUUGGAUUUCCACCUCAGUUUGUAGAGACAUUAAGGAAUAAGGAUUUUAAUUGUUUGGUAGAAUUGUUGCUUAAUUAAGUUUGAAGUCAUUCCAGUUCAUUCCUGUGCAAUAUGGUUUAAUUUAAAAAGCAAACGGGGAGAGCUGAACUGGCAGGACAAUGUUGUUGCCAGACACUCGAGAGCUCCCAGCUCCGAUGAGAUAAGAAGUUACCAUCCGCCAAACUCCCUGCCUCUGGCACCUGCACCAGCCGAGGUGCUCCCGUUCCUUUAAAGAAACAUCACUCACUGUGUUUGGAUGUGCUGUGCCUCUGUGCGUCUGCGCAGCAGUAAUAAUGCAAUCUAACAGAUGUAGCAGGUUUUAACCACAGUUCCCAGGUUUCCUCACUCAUAUUUACCUUUUGUUGUCGUCAUUUUCAGUUUCACUCUUUGAUGUGAGCUGUUUGGUGGUGGAUCAGUAUUUGACCUCCUUUUAGAAAACGAAGGGUCACGUUGUGAAGCGGAGAAUGGAGUAUAGUUUGGGUGGAUCACAAAAAAAACUUCAUUCAACAGAGUUGAAGGUUGACCUUUUUUUAAUUAAGACAGCAAAUUGACUUUCAGUGUGUUUGACAAGAUACUUUUCUGCAGAUGUAACAUUUGGCAACAUUCUUUGUUAAAUUGAACCUGAACAGCUUAUGGAUGAUUUCACCAACUUACCUCCUCUAACCUUUGACCCUGCCAGUGGACAGAGGAGAUAUUUUUUUUUUCUUUUAAAUUUCUAAUUUAUUGAGUGUAUGUUGAAGAAUGUGUGUCUCAGCCCCUCUGGUUUAAAGUGACCUGACCACCUGUGGUGGUUUCUGUUACCUAAAACCCUGAAGAAUGGGGGGGUGGGGGCAAAGUAACUGAAGACCACAGACCCCACGUUAGUGCAUGUUGGUGAUCUGAAAACCUCCCUUCACAACCUUAAUGUCAUUCCUCCAGUUUCAGUGACUCCUUUUUACCUCGUGCUCACUCCUCAUCUCUCACCCCGCCCCUCAGAGAGGAUGUUGUCAGUGAAAUGCUGCUGUUUCUUCUUUUUUCUUAGUUUGUUGUUAGGCCCUAUUCAGUUAAAGGCUCAGGUUUCUUCUCAUAGACUGAAUUGUAUAAAGCCACAUAAGGAUGCACCAGUAUUGAUCCCUUGUCAGGGCGAUGAUCCAGCCGAAAUAGCUAAUUGCAUCAGAAUCUGCAUAGUGGGAAAUCAGAUGCUCCUGCUCCCUGUCUGUGGGAUGUGAAUUACAGUAUAUCCAAGGUUUCUGUCUGUGGGAUGAUCUCCUCAGGUGAAAGUGAAGCAUAGCAGUGAGAUUUCCGUGUGCAGCCCUUAAAAUGCAAGUUGUCCAAAUUUUGCUGUUUACAGCUUCAAAUUGUCCCUGAUGCCGAUGAACCAAACCUGCAGAGACAUGAAGCUUCCUGUUGAUAAUCACUUGUCAAUGUUACAGUCCUUCAAUUACUUCAGUGGUGUCUGAGAAGCAGAUCUACUGAGAUUGCAGACUCUGGAUUGUGAGCAACUUGAUGAUGUGACCUGAAGUCCCCCAGAUGAUUUCAUUGGAGUUUUUGAGCAAAACCCAGAUAUUUCUAAUCAAAGAGAAAAUUGAAAAAUCUUUACAGGACAAUUUUAUUGACUUUAAUGUCACACAUGUCAGUUGUAUACAAGCUUCAGUUAUUACACAUGUUAAAAACAAGGAACCCCUAAAACAUCAGUCAUCAGUUUGUUGGUCUCUUGGAUUGAUUACAAAUGUUGCUCGUGAUCACCUGCAAACCCACAGACCAACAUCUGGAAGCUUCCCGUCUCUGAAAGUGGAUGUUCAUACUAAUAAACCGAUGAGUGUUUUGAGGGGGUGGAAUGUAUAAAGUGGAAUAUAACUAUCUUAGUAAUGUUGAGUAAUUGAAAUGUUUCAGAAUAAAACCUGUUAUAUCACCUAACUUUGCUUGGGAGGCCCUUCCAGGUUCCAUGUGGUCCAGAUGCGACGAUCCCUUAACUGCAGGAACUUUACUAAGAGCCUUUUAUAGGAUCUCAGGAACUUUAUGAAAUGGGUCACUAGUGAAAACGUUGCUGGACGCUCUGCAAACACAACUUAGGAGCUGCGGCCACAAACGCUUGAUGUGCUACCGUUAUGUCUCUAAUCACGCUGUUUGUUUUUAAUCCACUUCUGUGUGAUGUGGCAGAAACUAAAACUCACCGAAGGAACCAUUAGCUCCUGCUUAGUUCUGGAUCAUGUGUUAGAAAGCUGGUGAAGCUGUGUUGAGGCCCCUGAGCAUCCUCUUUGAGCCCCUAAGAGUUUAACCCCUAGAACCUCAGCUCCUCUUCUACAGGAACACACAGACCAACUUGUAUAUCUGCAUGUGUAUAUUUAUUACCCCCUGGAGAGCAUUUGGGUUUGAAUGCUGUGCAAUGAUUGAGUUUAUUAACGAUUGCGGAAAAAAAAAAAAAAAAAAAAAACGUACAUUUUGUGGUAAUUUUUAUUUAAUUAAUCUUAGGAAGUGACUUUGUUUUAUUGCUUUGUUUUUGUUGUGAUCUAAUUAGACCUUUUAGAGUCAGAGAUGCAAAGGUUUUGAUAAUUGUUCUGUACAUUAUCAGCACUGAGACGUGGCCAUUUUGAGUGACACACUUAGUUUUAAUAAAGUGAUUAGUGUGUUUGAUGGUGUUACUUCGAGGCACAUCUUGACAUCUAUUGAACAGUUAAUCAAAACCUUUCGUUUCGUUAUUUACAUUAAAAUUCUUUGUUUCAAUUUGAUUUUCUUUUUUUAUUGCUGUUGUGUUAGUAGAGCUCCUUCCAGGUUAGGAACAGUUUUUGAACUAGAUGACCUGUGUUUGGUCUCUUUCCUCCCCUGCACUCUGUUCUGAGAUCAGCUGACGAGUGUGUCUCAAGUCUCUCAAGGCUGGUCAUCUGUAGAGAUUAGACUUGUUUUCUUCUAUGAAAAAAAAACUUGAUGUUUAUUAUAUAUACAUAUAUAUAAAUAUAUAUAUGAAACUGAUGUUUUGAACAUGUUUUUGUCUUUGUUUUAGCAAAAAGUUUGGGUUUUUUUUGACUUGUGUUUUCAACAAAUACUUGAAUUUCUUAAAAAAAUGUUUAGACCUGAAGUAGUGAAUGAUAAAUAAAUGGACACUGGAUAAUAUU